AUGUUUUUGACACCGCAGAGGAUAUAUGUGCCCAUCUGUCUGAUGAUCCAGGACCUCUAUUCAGGAUGUUCUCAGCGACUGAUUCCCCCUCCACUUGCAUUCCCACGAUUCCAUCCUACAUCAGGUUAUAUUUACGAUCUUGGCCAGCCAAAUACUUUUGAACGAAUGAAGCAAGACGAUUUCAAGGAUAUGCGGGAACACAAUGUAUAUUACCCAUUUUCAGAUAGAGCCGAGUGGGAGCUUGCAAAAUUUCUUUGUGAGAACUUGAAUCAAGGGCAGAUCACUCGGUUUCUGAAGCUACUCUGGGUGGGUUCAGAGGCAAGACAGCCAUUGUCUUUCAAGAAUGCCAAGCAAAUCUUCACCUUCAUGGAGGCAUUACUGGUGACACCUAAGUGGAAGUGCGCGCCCAUUGAGACUGAUGGAUAUACAACUACCCAUCCUGUGAAUCUCAUUUGGCGAGAUGCCCUAGAAGUUGCGCACCACAUUUUUGGCAAUCCGAUUUUCGCCAACCACAUGGAAUAUGAUCCAUAUGAAAUACAAGACAACGGUGAGCGGGAAUAUGGAGAGUGGAUGUCAUGUGAACACGCAUUCGAAAUUCAGGCUGUGCCCAUUAUUCUUGCAUCCGACAAGACCCCAAUGCACCCAACGUUUCUGACAAUCAGGAAUAUUCACUCCGAAAUUCGCAUGAAGGCAACCACACACGCAUGGGCCUGCAUCACAUACAUUCUGACCCCAGAAUAUAUUGUAAACCAUGAUUUUUCAGGAGUAUUGGAAGUGUGCCUCUGGCAUCGGUGUAUGGAUAUGGUCCUCCAAAACCUAAAGGUCGCAGCUCAGGUGGGCGAAUUCAUGACAGACCCAAUGGGUUGCCGGCAUUACACAUUCACACCACUCAUUGCCCACAUCACCGAUCUUCCUGAGCAACUUAUGAUUGCAUAUCCCUGGAAGGUUCGGGAAUUUCUGGAGCAGGCAAAGCAACGUUCACUCAGUGGCAUCCAACUCCCAUAUUGGCGUGACUGGAGGUUUGCUGACCCUGCAAUCUUCCUCAUCCCCGAGCUACUCCACAUGUGCCACAAGUUUUUCUUUGAUCACGUAUUGAAGUGGUGCAAGGAGGUGAUAGGUGCUAAUGAGCUGGAUGCUCGAUUCCGCAGCCAGCAUAAACACAUUGGCAUGCGUCAUUUUGCCGAUGGUAUCUCUCACGUUAAUCAGAUGACUGGACGCGAACAUCGUGAUAUACAGCGAAGACUGGUCCCCACCAUCGUGGGCGUGACCUCCCCUGGAUUUGUCCGUGCAGUCCGUGCACUUGUAGACUUCAUAUAUAAAGCACAGGCCCCUACCUUUACCAACUCUUCCAUUGGCAGCAUGGUUGCCUCCCUCAAUGAGUUCCAUGCUCAUAAACACUUCAUCUUAGAGGCAGAGGCUCACACAGGAGCCUCCGGCCCAAUAGGUCAUUUCCAGAUUCCGAAACUCGAGCUGUUUAAUUCCUUUGCGCGUUCUAUCCGUAAAUCUGGCGCCAUCAUCCAACAUUCAGCAGAUGCCAGCGAACGGCUUCACCAAAGGGGCACAUUUACUCAGCAGGUUGUCAAUGUUGUUAAUCGUGAGGACAUGAUGCGACAGUUUGAUCUGUACACUCUCCUCCGUGAACAGGGGAUCUCUCUCGUUAACAUCAUGGAUGAAGAGUUCAAUGAAGUUGUGGAUACAGAUCCAACGUUCAGUCGGAUAGCGUGCAUCACACCACAGGAGAUGCAUCCUUUUCACGUUACGAUUGCUCUUGAUCUUGCUGAUAAGACUGCCAUCACUCUGGCUAAUCAGUAUCAUCUCCCUCAUUUUCAACAAAUGCUCGCACAAUUUCUUGAAGCUGUCGCCGGUCCUAACUCACACUUUCGUGGUCGCCUGCUCAAAGUUUGUAACAUCAUGCCAAGCCAGCAGGUUCAGGCCUAUCCGCCGUCUCCUUCCUAUCCUUACGGAAAUUGCGAUAUUGUCCUCCUUCAACCUCCAGGCCUUGAUCCGCAGUAUCCGCCAUACAUUGCUCAAGUCCAAAUGGUUUUCACACUCUCACCACGAGGCUCACAGCUGCCAGCCGAGCUGAUGGGCCCUUUUUUGUAUGUUGAGCUAUUUGAGAUAGCUGCGCCCCCUGAAGCUGAGCCACAUAUUGCCAUGUACCGAGUUCGUCGUUCAUUUUAUACUGCUCCUGAUGGUUCUCGCAUGCGGGUUGGGAGGAUUGUAUGCCUUAUCGAUGUCACUCAUGCUGUAGAACUCAUACCAGUCUAUGGGGUAACAUUGGAUUGCACUGUCACCUCCACAACAUCUCUUGAACUCUACAAUGACUUCUAUCUCAAUGCAUUCUCCGACAAAGAGUGGUACCACAUGCUACAUGCAGAUUAUGUCUAG